CAUCAAAAAAUUUGAAAAUUUUAUAAAAAACAGUAAUAAAAAAAUUCAAAAAUUUUUGUAAAGCAAAAUCACAUUGUUCAAUUACCACGGUAUUUAAAAAACAAUAAAUUUAAAUUUGUCUUUAUUUUUAUUUCGUCAACAAUGUAAAAAACGCGAGUUUUUGAAAUGCGCGUAAGCCUUACUGUCUCUUUUUGUGUGAGACGCGAAGGUUUUUGAUACUUUUUCAACAAUUUCUCAACCAAAUUUGAAGCAAGUCUUUUUUAUUCAAAAGAUUAUCUUCUUUUGCUCCCGCCUUUGAUUGAAAAUUCUGUGUUUUUUUGAGAAUCACAUUUUAAAGAGUUCUGAGUGAAAAAUACUUUUUUCAUUUUUUUAUUUUCUCGACAAUGCAAAAAGUGCUCGUUUUAUAUGAGAUCCGCUGAGAGCUCUAAUACCAAGAGAUCUGACUGAAAAAGUUGACUGAUUUUUUUUUUUAAUUCCUUAAAGCGUAUUUGGGGGCAAAAUUCCAACAUAUUUUUGGAAUUUUGCAAAUGGUUGCAAAAAAAGUUUUGGUUGUUGAAAACACCUAAAACUCAUGCUGGAGCAUUCUAUUUUGCAACAAUAUUCAUGCAAAGUUCCUGAAAAACUGGAAAAUUCCGCGAGUUUUUAUGCGGAAAAUCUUGCCCAAAAAAACCAAUGCCAAUAAACCAAAAUACGAAAAUUAGAACCAGAAACUCUCUGUAUAUAGCUAUUUGAGGUUAAUCACAAUUGAUGCGUUUUUGAUUCAAACAAUUACCCAAGGUUUACCAAAUUGGGUAACGAUUUUUAAGUCUCCAUCAUCAGUAAGCUGCCGACCUUUAACCAAAACAUCCUCCACAUUCUAACCAUUAGCAAACUGAAGAAAUUGUUCAUUAAAACGCGGAAACUCCCAAUAAAAAAAAUCUUCAAUUUGUUGCGAUCCAAUGUAAACCUUCAGAGUGUGUUUCACAGUUUGAAUAGCCAAGGUUCUUCAAUGCGUUUUGAGCACUUGAAGAUACUUAUAAUGAUUAUUAAUAAAUCGUCUUGAAAUUGAAUUUAAAUUACAUGUUACUUAACGAUUUUUCGAGAGACUGCCAAUUAGACAAUCUGCAUAACCGCUUUUUUCCUUUUGCUUUUACACCUUUGAAACUCUGUCCACGUCUAACGCAAUUGCAAACGUUUGCCAAUUUUAAGUCGCAAUAUUUUCAACCCCAAAUGUAAACGUUCAACUAACUGGCAUCAAGAAACCAUCACCAUAUCAUUUAAGGAUUCGAUCUAAUACGCUUCAUUAAGCAAGAAACUCAUAAAUAAUAAGUUAUUAGAUAACAAACGUAUAUACCAAUGAACUGAGUGAACGUUUUUACGGUUUAAAACCAUCUAUAUACCCAAGGAUUGUUUUCAUUCAGUUGCACAAUGCCCUGGGUGAUUUUUAAUGAAGAUACUUAAAAAUAAGUUUUGCAAUCCAUAGCGAAUCCGCGCGUUUCGGUUCUUUGUCAGCGUUCUUCACUUGUGUGUGUUUUCCUAAGAAAAGUAUCAGAUUUUUUAUUGUUGUUUAAUCAAUCGAGUAGCACACAAGUGUAUCUAAUAAAUUAGGAGGUGAAGUCAAUGAAAGUAAAUAUAAUAAUUUACAAUACAAGGAUCUUAUGUAGGUGUAUUUUAAUUGCUUUACUUGAUUCAAGACGCAAAUGCGCCCUUUGUAAAUGUUGGAAUAAAGCUUCCGGGGGCCUGCAGUUGCGAGAAAAUGUUUAUUUUUACAUCAUAACAUGAACUAGAAAGCGCGUAAAAAUUAGCCGCAGAUGCCAGAUGCUUCGUGUAUCUUCUAUAGGCUAAAAAAUUCAAGUUGCUACAUCAUCCAGAUUAGAACUUACGAAUUUUUAGAAAUCUUAGAAAACGCGCAAAAAUCAACGUUUUAUGCGAUUACAAUCAAAUUUUGAGGGUCUUGAGAUGUAAGAUUCUGCUAUAGACUGUAAAAUUUCCAAAGGACCUCAUAAUCUAGAGUAGAAGUUACGAAUUUUUAUUGGAGAUGGUGUAGCGGCGUAAAAACACUCACUUUUAGCCCAACAUUUUCAAAAUUCGCAAACGUCGGCAUUUUAUACUUUUUAAUUGAAAUAUUCAGGGGUUUUUCACUCAAGUCUCUUCUAUAGACUGUGAAACAAGUUCUUACAUGGUCUAGAUUAGAAGUUGUGAAUUUUUGUUCGAGGCAUUUUACAUGAAAGCGUUUACUUUGGGACCAACAUUUACAAAGGGCGCACAUAUUUGAAUUUUAGGCGACUUGAAUGAAAUGUUGACGGUUUUUGGACUAAAUGAAAGUCAAUGGUUUUUUAGAUCCGAAUCUUUUCUAUAAGCGGAGAAAAUUUCAAGUAGCUGCAUGCUCUAGAUUAGAAGUUGAGAAUUUUUAUUCAAGGGUCUGCUCUUGCGUGAAAACAUUUAUUUUGGAACCAACAUUCACAAAGGGCGCACACAUUUGAAUUGUAUACAACUUGAAUGAAAUGUCGAGGGUUUUUGGUUUACAGUCUCUUCUAUAGACUGUGAAAAAUUCAAGUUGUUACAUACUCUAGAUCAAUAGUUGGGAAUUUUUAUUCAAGAACAUACUUGCGUGAAAAAGUUAACUUUUGGACCAUAAUUUACAAGGGCGACAAACUUUUGAUUUUAAUGCAACUUAAAUGAAAAGUCAACGGUUUUUAGAUCCGAAUCUUUUCUAUAAGCGGAGAAAAGUUCAAGUGGCUGCCUGCUCUAGAUUAGAAGUUGGGAAUUUUUAUUCGAGGGUCUGCUCUUGCGUGAAAACAUUUAUUUUGAAAUCAACAUUCACAAAGGGCGCACACCUUUGAAUUUUAUACAACUUGACUGAAAUGUUGAGGGUUUUUGCUUGGAAGUCUCUUCUAUAAACUGUGAAAAAUUCAAGUUGUUACAUACUCUAGCUUAGAAGUUGGGAAUUUUUAUUCAAGAUCAUGCAGCUGCGUGAACAUUUUCACUCUCUAGAUGAGACCCGUUUACUUCCCCAUUUUUGUUAAAUUCCGCAGUAUAAAAAUAACUGAUGAGUAUUUGACCACGACGGUCUAAAAGCCCGAAAAACUCAGCAGUUUCAAACAGCAUUACUUAGAAUGUCUGAAAGAAUGUUUUUUUCCACAACGGCCUACAAGUCUAAAAAAUCUCACCGGUUUUAUUCUCCCAAAGCUAUAUCGGAUGAAUAUGGAAAAUAUGAAUUUCGUAAUUGUUUUAAAUAACAGUUUGCGUAUGUCUAACUAGUACAACUUAUGCAGCCUAAUUACCAUGUUCUAAUCAGUGGCGGGUUUGCUUAAUUUGCUCGAGCGCAUUUUGCAUCCUGUGUGAGGCAUCUAGAUGUUUGGAAAUUUAAUUUUAGCGAUUGUUGUUCCGUUAUAUAACGAUGACAUCAAUUUCAAUAAGACAGUCUAAUGCAGCACCGAUUUAGUUUAUUUUCUCUUUAACCAAAUUUGCUGCCGCCCAGAUCGUCGAGAUUCUGCAUUAUUAAUAACAUUGAAAUAAAAUUCGAUAAAACACAUCAGCCGGUGGCCACACACUAUGCAACGUUACUGGGAAAAAGGCGUCUGUUGAAACACGUUUGUUCUGAGAUUUUUUUGCCAAUUUACUUUAAGUUUAUUUAAUUGUGAAUCGGAUGAUGAAAUGGGUAAUUAAGCGAUGCUCAGCCUUGGGGGGCUUCAAAUGGGGCCUCCGAACAAUAAAAAGGUUAUUAUAAUUUAAAAGUAUUGUGAAUCGUACAUGUAAUCGGUAGCUCACAUCAAGUAAAGUAGCAUUUUGUAAAUUGCAUAAGUUUGUGGCUUUUCUGAUACAGAUUUGCCAAGAUUCGCGUACUUAAACAGGAAAUUAUAACUCGCGAAAACACGCACAGAGGAACGAUUUCUUCACGUAAAUUUGAAUAUUUUUUUAUUUAAAUCAAGCGGUUUUGGCCUAAAUCUAAAUGUUUUCAAAUUGUUUUGGUUGAAAAGUCCAAAGAGUUUUAUUUAAUGCCGAAUCUGGAUGGAGUUGCGCAAAUUUGUCGCGCUUAGAAGUAGCGACAGCCAAAUUGUACAGACCUGAAGUUAAAAAUUCCCAACUUCGAAACUCGAGCGAAUAAAGAGUUGACACUUUAGAAUCUCACAGAAGAAACCUUCCUUUAAGUAAGCAGAAACUUUCAUCGAGUUUAAACAGUAUCUCCAGUAUUUAGAAUUUUUCUUACCCGCAAGUAAAAAGCCGUAGUUAUGUGCUAAGUCUAAAAAUUCCGAACUUUAGAAGUCAAGCGAAAAAAAAGCUGAAAUUUCAAAAAAUGAUAGGGGAAAUCUUUAUUUAAUCGCCCAGAAAAAUUCAUUGAGUUUAGACGUUAUCUCGAAUUUUAAGAAGUUUUCUUGCCUGAAAGUAGCGAGCCGCAAUUAUGCAAGUCUAAAUCAAAAAAUUCGUAACUUCGAAAAUAGAGCGAAUAAAAAGCUGAAAUUUCAGAACAUCAUAUGAGAACCUUUUGUCUAAAUGUGCAGAAAGUUUGAUGCAGUCUAGACUGUUUCUUCUGAUUUACGAAUGCUUCUUGCCCGGACUUGAGUGCGGCACUAUCCGCAAUCAAGAAAGCGUUAAAUUAAAAAUACAUAACUUUGAAAAUCGAGCGUCAAACGAGCUGAAAUUUCAGAAAUUUGUAGAGCAUAGAUUUGUUUAAAAGCACACACAAUUUCUUCCAAUUGGCGCUGACUGUUGAGUUUCAGGAAUUUUUCUUGCUCAGAACUUAUGAAUUGUGUAAUUAAAUUUGUCGCAAUUAUGCAAACCGUACUGUAAAAAUUCAUAGCUUCGGGAAUCGACCGAAUAAAACUCUGAAAUUUCUGAUAUCCAUGGAAGAAACACUAAAUUUCUUGAAAGUUUAAGCCAUAUAAGAGUGACUGCCGAGUUUGAGGAUUUUUUCUUACUCAGAAGAAGUGUUUCAAUAAUGAAACUUCUCGUUCAAAAAUUCAUAACAUCCGAAAACUAUCGAACUGAAAACUGAGAUUUCCUAAUUUUAUGGAAAAAUCAGUUGCUUAAAAUUGCAAAAAGUUUCAUUCAUCAGGCUCAACGCUGAGUUUCAGGAUUUUAGAGGCAAUUAAUCAUGCAAGCUUGGAUGUAAAAAUGCCAAACUUCGAAAAUCCAACGACAAAAACGCUGAAAUUUCUCCAAUCUAUGGAAGAACCAUUUGUUUAAAUCUGUACAAAGUUUCAUUGGAAUCAGACCGUUAGUCCAGUUUCAGGAUUUUUUUGUGUGUGCAACCCUUGCAGAUUCAAUGUUGUGUAUGGGCAAAUUUAUACAAGAACCCAGUGGAGUUACAGUAUAGAAACUGCGUUUAAAACACCUUGUAUACAGUAGGUUUAGCCCAUAUCUCCUAAAUCUAGUCCAAAUGGUGCAAUCCGGCAAAUAAUCGGUUAAAGUGAAGCACCAUUAGAAUCAGCGUCAUGAAGCGGCCAGCAAUUAUUGUAAUUGUAACUUCGGGUGUUCGGUAGGCAAUUCGGGGGGAUGCAUAGAAAGGGGGGCCUCAUCAAGGUCCAAAUAUCCACUAUAAAUAAAUCCGCCGAAGAUGAGGUGCUACAAGUCAGUCACCUUUCAGGACUUCAACAUGAAGGUGUUUGUCUGUCUUUUAGUGGUGGCCACUGCAGCCAGUCUGAGCGAAGCCGGAUUCAUUAGCGGAGGAGGCGGCUAUGGCGGCGGCGGCGGUGGUGGCGGCUGGAAAUCCGGAGGUGGCGGAUGGUCCAGCGGAGGCGGCGGAUGGUCUGGAGGCGGCGGUGGCUGGAACCUAGGCGGAGGCGGCGGAGGAGGCGGCUGGAAGUCCGGAGGAGGCGGAGGUGGGUACGGCGGUGGCAGCGGAGGCGGCGUGAAAAUCAUCAAAAUUGUCGUGCCAAGCGGCGGCGGCGGCGGCGGUGGAUAUGGAGGUGGUGGUGGUGGUGGAUGGAAAUCCGGAGGCGGAGGCGGUUGGUCUUCAGGAGGAAGCAGCGGCUGGUCUCUAGGAGGAGGCGGAGGCGGCGGCGGCUGGAAGAGCGGCGGCGGUGGAGGCGGCGGCUGGUGGUGAAAACCACUCACUAUUGAAAUUUCCAAACUUCCAGUUUCACGUUUAUUAACCCAAAAUGUUGCACAACUGUACAUAAUCAAUUUUUUGUAAAUUUUGUAAAAUAUAUUUUUUUACUAUUCA